GCCUAGGGAGGGGAAUGUGAGUGGUACGGAGCGGACGCAGUUGUGUCUGCGCAGGCGCGUGCGAGGCUUGGGAGGCCGUUGGCGGCCGUUGGGUUACCUCAGCAGCCAGUCAGUGGGGCCGGUUGGUUUGCCGGCCACGCAUGCGCUCGUGCCUUCCUUCGCCUCACUCUGCUUUCUUUCUCGUUUUAUCUCAGAGGCGGCGCAGAGGAGAGGAGAGCGGUCGCCGCUGCCGCCCGCCCGCCCCUGGCCGCCCCUCCUUCCUUCGCGAUGGGUUCGGAGAAGGACUCGGAGUCGCCGCGCCCUACCUCUAUCCACGCGGCCGCCCCUCCGGCCAAGUGCCCCGCGAACGGCUCAGCGCAAGGAGGCGGCGGCGGCGAUGGAGGCUGCGGCGGCGGCGGCAGCACAAGCGGCAGCAGCACUAGCCGGGGCCGCCGCCGCCACCGCCUCCUCAGCUUCCAAAACGUCUUCUCGGCCGCCGCCUCCGCCGCUUCCUCGUCUGCCUCCGGAGCCGGUGUCCGCCGCCGCCGGAAGGCCAAGGCCAAGCCUGAGACUCCUCAAGCCAAGCCCGCCCCGGUGGUGGAGGAGGAGACCGGUCGGACUGCGCCGGCGGUGGCGGCGGUGGCAGCAGUAGCGACCGAAGAAGGCUUGCCACCGCCCUCCUCCUCGCCGCCGCCGCCUCCUUCUCUCCAGGCGGCGGCGGCGGCUCCCGGGGAGGCCUCCUCUGCCGCCGCCUCUUCUUCGUCGUCGUCCUCAGGCGCGGAGUGCGAGGAAGGCGAGGAGUCUUCGCCGUCCGAGCUGGAGUGCCCGCUGUGCCUGGUGCGGCAGCCGGCGGGCAACGCUCCGCGCCUCCUGUCGUGUCCGCACCGCUCGUGCCGCUCGUGCCUCCGCCAGUACCUGCGCAUCGAGAUCACCGAGUCGCGCGUCAACAUCAGCUGCCCCGAGUGCAGCGAGCGCCUCAACCCGGCCGACAUCCGCCUCCUACUGCGCGACUCGCCCCACCUCGUCGCCAAGUACGAGGAGUUCAUGCUUCGGCGCUGCCUGGCCGCCGACCCGGACUGCAGGUGGUGCCCGGCCCCGGACUGCGGUUAUGCUGUUAUUGCCUAUGGAUGUGCCAGCUGUCCCAAACUGACAUGUGAGAGAGAAGGCUGCCAGACAGAAUUUUGUUAUCACUGUAAACAGAUAUGGCACCCAAACCAAACUUGCGACAUGGCCCGCCAACAAAGAGCACAAACUCUGCGGGUGCGAACAAAGCACACAUCAGGCCUCAGUUACGGUCAAGAAUCUGGACCAGCAGAUGACAUCAAGCCAUGUCCACGUUGCAGUGCCUACAUCAUCAAGAUGAAUGAUGGCAGCUGUAAUCAUAUGACCUGUGCUGUAUGUGGCUGUGAAUUCUGCUGGCUUUGCAUGAAGGAAAUCUCUGAUUUGCAUUACCUCAGCCCUUCUGGUUGCACAUUCUGGGGCAAGAAGCCAUGGAGUCGUAAAAAGAAGAUUCUCUGGCAGCUUGGAACACUGAUUGGCGCCCCAGUGGGUAUUUCCCUCAUUGCUGGGAUUGCCAUUCCAGCCAUGGUCAUUGGCAUCCCUGUUUAUGUUGGAAGAAAGAUUCACAGCAGGUAUGAAGGGAAAAAAACCUCCAAGCAUAAGAGGAACCUGGCCAUCACUGGUGGUGUAACCUUGUCAGUGAUUGCAUCUCCUGUCAUUGCUGCUGUCAGUGUAGGAGGGCAUCUUUUCGGCAAGUCUCUGGAUCGCCAUUUGGUGGAGACCAGGGACAAGAAGAAGGCUUUGCCCAUGGCUAAGAAAGAAGACGAGGGUAUUGGAGUCCCUAUUAUGUUGGCAUAUGUCUAUGGAGUUGUGCCAAUUUCUUUGUGCCGUGGUGGUGGUUGUGGUGUUAGCACAGCCAAUGGGAAAGGAGUCAAAAUAGAGUUUGAUGAAGAUGAUGGGCCAAUUACAGUGGCAGAUGCUUGGAGGGCUCUGAAGAACCCCAGCAUUGGGGAGAGCAGCAUUGAAGGCCUUACCAGUGUGCUGAGCACCAGUGGAAGCCCUACUGACGGGCUCAGCGUCAUGCAGGGCAAUUACAGUGAGACAGCCAGCUUUGCCGCCCUCUCAGGAGGGACUCUGAGUGGUGGAGUGCUCUUGGGUGGGAAAGGAAAGUACAGCAGGUUGGAAGUGCAGGCUGAUGUUCAGAAAGAAAUUUUUCCAAAGGACUCAGUCAGCCUUGGAGCCAUCAGUGACAAUGCCAGCACACGAGCUAUGGCAGGCUCCAUCAUUAGUUCUUACAACCCCCAAGACAGAGAGUGUAACAAUAUGGAGAUCCAGGUGGACAUAGAGACCAAGCCGAGCCAUUACCAGCUUGUUAGUGGGAGCAGCACAGAAGACUCUCUCCAUGUUCACACCCAGAUGGCAGAGAAUGAGGAGGAGGAAGCAGAGGAGGAGCAGGGACAGAUGUGCAGCCACCAAAGCUGUGAGCAGAAAGACUGCAUUGCUAGCAGAACCUGGGACAUCACUCUAGCGCAGCCUGAAAGCAUCCGUAGUGACUUGGAGAGCUCGGACAGUCAGUCGGAUGAUGUGCCCGACAUUACCUCGGAUGAAUGCGAUUCUCCCUGUCCGCAGACUGCUGCCUGCCUGCUUCCCCCAAACGCCAGAGGUGCUGACAGCCCAAGUGCCCAUAUUGGCCAGUGUGCCCAAGCAGAAGGGCACAGGCCAGAGGAGAGAGUCUCCACGCUGGAGUGCAUUGAGGCCAGAGUAUGAGGCCACUCCUCCUGAGAUGAAGCACACUGAUUGUUCCUGCCUCUGCUAUGGUGAGGGCCACCCAGCAGUGGGGGUGAUUAUGUCCUGUUGGCUUUUGUUUCUGAUUCCCCAGAAUGCUGCCCGAACCCGACUCUGGGGAAAUGGCAUUUCAUACACAAUAAUAAACCCUUGAUCUCUCUCUCUCUUUUUUAAUUUAUUGGUUUAAGCGCUUGGUGAUGCUCUGUGAGUUGUGUAAGAGUGUACAUACAAGUGCGCAUGUACAUCGUAUGUCUACCAAACAUACACCUAAAGAACACCUUUAAUAAAGAUUCCUGUUGCCAUUCAAA